AUGGCCGCCCACGACGACCCCCUUCACCCCGGACCGAUCCGCAGCCUCACCAACGCUACAACCCCGUUCCUAGUCCAACUGCAGCAUGAUACUGACCCCGUUGUCCUGACCAACACCUUCGUCGUGCCCGAGGGAAAGAUGGACUACAUGAUCGCGCUCUGGCGUAAAGACUCCCUGAUCAUGAAGGCACAGCCAGGCUUCAUCUCCGCCCAGCUGUACAAGGGAAUCGCGGGCAGCAACAUCUUGAUCAACGUUGCCGUUUGGGAGUCAACGGCAGAUCUCCGCGGUGGAUUCAUGAGCGAGCCAUUCCAGGAGACGCUAAAGGAGUAUCCGGACGGGGCUCUCUCCUACCCACAAAUACUCCAGAAGGUUGCUGUUAGUAAUGUCUGCACGGCUUGA